UAAUCCCUAAAGGAGGUUCUUUAAAAAGAGGGGAAAGAAGAAGAGGAGGCGGAAGAAAAAGCGAGCGAGCGAGCCGCCGCCGAGAGGAACAAGCCCGGCGAUCCCCCUUUCACUUGGGCGCCCGGGGUCUCUUUGCCUGUCCCUGCACUCCAAAGGGGGCGGGCACCCAAACAAGGGAAAGGCACCCGAAGACAUGCCAGGCGCAGUGGGUCUUUGACGGAUAAGCUUUGGGCAGCCGAGACCCCUAACUCACCGCAGACCCCCUUUAAAAAAAUACUUUGAUCGUGUUUCUUUUUGGUUUGUGUGUUGAGAUCCAACUAGAGAAAUAGAUGUAGAUAUAUUUUUUUGUAACACAAAAACCGCCAGGUGGUUUGCUACUCUUGUUUUUCUUCUUCUGCCCGCUCUGCCAGACUGGGUUUUUGUUUUCUUUUUUUUCUCCCCCUCUGAAUGCCUUGGAACUGUGUGAGAAAACAUGUUUGGAUUGAAACCACCUCUCUAUUUCUUGCCAGGCAUGAGCCAUGAGCCAAAGUCACCUUCUCUAGGAAUGCUUUCAACAGCGACCCGGACCACCGCCACUGUCAGCCCCCUGACCCCUUCUCCUCUCAAUGGCUCCCUUGUGCCCAGUGGCAGCCCGGCAGCCAACAGCACUUUGUCAGUCCAAUCAGCGCCCUCUUCCAGCUUUGCCGCCGCCCUGCGCAAGCUUGCCAAACAGGCUGAGGAACCCAGAGGCUCUUCAAUAAGCAGUGAGUCAUCUCCAGUUUCCUCACCAGCCACCAACCACAGCUCCCCUGCAAGCACACCCAAACGAGGACCAAUGGGGCCUCUCAUUGUCCCACCAGGAGGGCACACCGUACCAAGCACACCUCCAGUGGUGACCAUCGCACCCACCAAAACUGUGAAUGGCGUCUGGAGAAGUGAAGGACGGCAGCAAGAAGCUGGGUCUCGGAGCAGUGGAGGAAACAGCAGCUCCAGCAGCAGGGACCACCUGAUUGCUGAGGCACCACUACCCCAGGAGAAGGCCAGUGGCCCAACAGUCCCUUCUCACUUGCUUGGGACGCCUUAUUCCUUUGGGAUCCCACCAAACUCCAUUGUUCAGGAUUCCCGCUUCCCACAUCUUAACAGCUUGCAGCGGCCUGUUCACCAUGUGGUGCCUCCCAGUGCAGUCACAGAGGACUAUUUGCGAAGCUUCCGGCCUUACCAUACAGCUGAAGAGCUCCGCAUGUCCUCCUUGCCUCCCAUUGCUCUUGAUCCGGCCACUGCUGCUGCAUACUACCAUCCCAGUUACCUGGCUCACCAUCCUUUUCCUCACCCAGCAUUCAGAAUGGAUGAUUCCUACUGCCUUUCAGCUCUGCGUUCACCUUUCUAUCCAAUUCCAACACCUGGUUCACUUCCACCUCUUCAUCCAUCAGCAAUGCACCUCCACCUGUCUGGAGUGAGAUACCCCACUGAACUGUCUCAUUCAUCUCUCUCUGCACUUCAAUCUGAACGCAUCUCCAGCUUGGCUGCAGAAAGGUUGCAAAUGGAUGAAGAACUACGGCAGCGGGAACGAGAGAAGGAACGAGAACGGGAAGCUGACCGGGAACGAGAGAGGGAACGGGAGCGGGAGAGGGAACGGGAAAAAGAGCUAGAACGGGAACGAGAAAAAGAGAGGGAAAGGGAACGGGAGCUAGAGCGGCAGCGAGAGAGAGCCCGAGAGAAGGAACAGAGUAUUGUCAAAUCCAUGGAAGUCCCUUUCUUACCUGUGUCAGAAUUGCACGGGCUGAGGAGCCACCUGCCAGAAGAACGUGUCAAACCGACUGAGCAGCUAAUGCCAAACCGAGCAGAGAAACCCAAGGAUUCUUCUGCCAUCCAGACCCCCAAGCCAGUCCAACAUCCUUUGCAUCAAUCAUCUACCCCGCACCAUGCUGUGCCCAGCCUCAUUUCCAGCCACAGUAUCUUCCCCUUGCCUGGAAGCAGUGCAGCCACAGCGCUUCUCAUUCAACGCACCCAUGAGGAAGAGAAGUGGCUGGCACGGCAACGGCGGCUGCGGCAGGAGAAGGAGGACCGCCAGUCCCAAGUGUCAGAGUUUCGGCAGCAGGUGCUGGAGCAGCAUUUGGACAUUGGUCGCCCACCAACCCAAAUGGAAGCAGAGCAUCGGCCAGAGAACCCCAGAUUGGGACCAAACCGCCCUGAACCAAGUAACCGAGACCAACAACAGCAUUUUGGAGGGCCACCUCCACUCAUCUCCCCAAAGCCUCAGCACCAUUCUGUCCCAACGUCUCUUUGGAACCCGGUAUCUUUAAUGGAUAACACCACUGAGCCACGAAGAAUACAAGAGAGUCACUCUCUUCAAGGCCAUACCACCCAAUAUGAGCCCAACCAGAAAGCCAUACCCCUUGUGAAGGUAGAACAGGCCUACUGUCCAGAGAAACUGGAGGAAGCAGUGAGGAAAAGAGAAACCCUGGACAAGUACCAGCCAGCCAGGGAGCCUGUGAGUUCAGAUCAUGGCAGUUUUCCCCAUGGGCCAUUCUUAGCAGAACUGCAUAAAUCCACACAGACUAUUUUGAACCAGCAGAGGACAUCACUGUCUCAGAGUGGACAGUUUGCUGACAUCAGCUUGAACAGCAAACCUGGUUCACCCUACAGGUAUCCAUUAUCCAGGGGCUAUGACCCCAUGUAUGUUUAUGAUGAAUUCUUGCAACAGCACCGCAAGUUGGUCAGCAAACUGGAUUUGGAAGAGAAGAGGCGGAGAGAAGCUCAGGAAAAAGGUUAUUAUUAUGAUCUGGAUGACUCUUAUGAUGAGAGCGAUGAAGAGGAAGUACGGACUCACUUGCGAUGUGUUGCAGAGCAACCCCCAUUGAAGCUGGAUACCUCUUCAGAAAAACUGGAAUUCUUGCAACUUUUUGGGUUGACCACUCAACAACAGAAGGAGGAGCUGCUGACUCAAAAACGAAGGAAAAGGCGGAGAAUGCUGCGAGAAAGAAGCCCCUCUCCACCAGCCGUGCAAAACAAACGUCGCACACCCUCUCCCCGUUUUGUGCUCUCAACCCGUUAUAGCCCUGAUGAAAUGAACAACAGUCCAAAUUUUGAGGAGAAAAAGAGGUUCCUCACUACUUUCAACUUAACUCACAUCAGCACUGAGAAAAGGAAAGGUAUGUCUCUCUUUACAGAGGGGGAGAUGUAGAUCUUUCCAUGCAUG